AUGGGCGCCCUUCUUUUCCUCCUCCUUCUUGUCCUGGUGAUUCCCAUUUGUUUCCUCAUUUUCUUCGCCGUGAUUGUCCGUCCAAAACCCACCAAAAUCCCACUGAAAAACCGCCACGUUUUUAUCACUGGCGGGUCCAGCGGCAUCGGUUUGGCAAUGGCUCACCAAGCUGCUUUGGAUGGAGCCCACGUUUCGAUCCUGGCUCGCAAUCCCAACAAGCUCGAAGAAGCCAAGGAGUCGAUCAAGCUCGCCACCGGCCGUGACGUCGCCGUUUUCAGCGCUGAUGUCAGAGACUACGAUGCCAUUGAGAAAGCGAUUAUGGAAGCCGGACCCAUUGACGUAUUGGUUUGCAAUCAGGGCGUUUUUGUGCCUCAAGAACUUGAAGAACAAUCUUUGGAGGAGAUUAAGUUCAUGAUUGAUGUGAACUUGAUGGGCACUUUUCAUUUGAUCAAGGCUGCUUUACCUCAAAUGAAGCAAGGGGCUGGAAGGGGUCCCCGUUCUAUCGCCCUUAUGUCUUCUCAGGCUGGUCAGGUAGGAAUCUAUGGUUAUACAGCUUAUGCCGCUAGUAAGUUUGGGCUUAGGGGUAUGGCUGAAGCUCUGCAGCAGGAGGUUAUUGCCGACGACAUUCAUAUCUCACUCAUAUUUCCUCCGGAUACUGAAACUCCUGGUUUAGUUGAAGAGAACAAAAGAAAGCCAGAACUGACCAGCAUAAUAGCAUCCUCCUCCGGUGGAAUGAAAGCUGAAGAAGUUGCUAAAAAAGCAUUGAAUGGCAUCCGAUCUGGUAGUUUCAUUGUUCCUUGCAACUUGGAGGGAUUUUUGUUGUCCAUUGCAACUGCUGGUCUUUCUCCUCAGAGAUCAGCUUUAAUGGCAUUUGUCGAGGUGGCUGCUGCUAGUAUCUUACGUAUUGCAGCUUUAUGUUUCCAAUGGAAUUGGUAUGACAGCAUCACCAAAUGGCAUGCUCGAAAGAAGGUUGCAUGA